UCUAAACUUAUCUGUAAAGCAUUGGGAGCAAGUUUCUGUUUCCGGUUAUUGUUCCCGUAGGUUAGAAAUGUGAUAACUGUUUUAUAUUCUAUUACUCUGCUGUCUUGUGAAGCGCAUAAAACUUUGCACUCUGCAAACUGCCUAACUUGAGCACCUUGUCGACGGCAGGAGAAUCGUUAACAUGAAAUUUAUAUAUUCUCGCUCGCUACGUGUUAAAAAUAUUUUGCACCAUAUCAAAGCCGUGAAUCAACUCAUGGCAUUGCCCGUAUCUAUAGAACGGAUUACAUUCCCGCGGGGCGGGCAAGUGACAACUGCCGAGCAAGUGUGAACAAAUUCCGUUCGGUGUAAAUUUACGGCAAUAAAGGGUAGCGGCAAGAAGAAGAACACGAGCUCCCUGUAUGUAAUUUCAUCGGUCACCAGUUGCUAGCAGGACCGAUAAGAGAACACAAUGAAGAACGCAAUGGGGCAGUUUCUUAUCGUUCUGAUGAAACGCAGAAAAGCCUUGCUGCUUCAAGGUAAGCUUCGCACUACCACCGACUACCGGCACGGGGUGGACGGGGAACAGAUUUCGAAUUUCAUGCUAGAAAACGAGAAGAUAAAGACAUCAGAGGCCCCCUUUUGCGUUUCGUAUGGGGGGCCCGUUCUAAGCCUCACAUAAUUUUUCGUUGAUAGACUCCUCUAGCACAGGGAAUAAAAAUUGACGAACGUCAGUGGGAGAUAGCGGUCUCUGAACACCUUUCUCGAACCUACCCGUUGGUUCUCUUGGUACGGAUGUAGGAGAGUCUUUCGGAAUGACCCGUUUCUUGGGUAUCAAUCAUGUGUGUGUGUGUGUGUGUGUGUGUUGAGUAUAUCGGGUUCAUCUGGACGACAAAUCAAUUGGACGAAAAUGUUCCGGAUGGCCCUUAGCAUUCUCGGUAUUCAUUUUCGGGACUCCCACGUGAGCGAUAGUCCCUCAGUAGUGCGUCAGUGUGCAGGGUAAGCCUACAUAGCAGUACCUGCGCCUGCGUACUUCGACGCAUCUAGGUUGAUUCAUCUCGUUCACGGUUCAGAUUGAAACUGAACGAUCGCGUGCCUGUAGCACUGUUUACGUUCUUCUUUUCACUCCCACCAUUGGAAAGCUUUCGCCAUAAACGGCCAGCCCUUGGAGAAAUUGUUCAAAAGCAUAUCUCGCGUACUCGCGCGGUAAGCUCAUACAGUUUGCGAAACCGUUGGGCUUUACGGCGGUUUUCCAUCUUCUCUCUGGAGUCUAGGCAGGGUUCUCUGUGCGGAUUGCUGCUGCUACUGUUGUACCAUUCUCGUUCACGAAGAAGAUCUGCUCGGUUCGGUGCUUUCAGUGGCCUGCUUUCGGCCUUAUUGCUUUCCAUAAGUUCCUAUUGCGCUGGGCAGUUUUACUGCGUAGCCUUUGAUUUGACUGUUCAGGUUUUGUGCUAAACAGUUACACGUUUUAGCCCUUGUUUUCUUUACUACUGGGAGUGCUUUAUGAUCCAACUUAAUUAACGCGAGCUUUAUAUUUUUAGGUUACAGUCUAAUUAAUUUGAGAUGGUUUUACAUCUCUCCGCCCGGGUAAUGGUGAGCUUUGUAGAAAUCAUGCUCAUCAUAACUUCAAGCAUUAAGAAAAAAGUACUUUAAUUUAUUUUUAAUGUUUGCUACUAUAUCCUACACUAGGUUGUGUUUUAUCGAAAACAAUAGUACCAACUGAAUAUUUUUUACUAAAAAUUCAUUCAUAUUUAUGAAAAUACAGCUCUUACAUUUGUAAAUGUUUGGUUUAAAAUUUCAAUAGUUCGGUAAUGUAAUGGUACUUUUAGGGCAGUGGUAAAGGUGACAGAGCGUAGGGGUUGAAAUUCCAUCCGAACCGUCCCCGCAUAGUAAGGACUUCCCAAAAACGCGAUGUCAUUAAGACUAAUAUGCCAAAAAUGGCAAGCAUGGCCUAAGAGGCCGUGAAGCCAUGAAGAAUAAGAAAGUUUUUUUUUUAAAUAACGAUGUACUAGACCACACUUGUCAAAAAGUGUAGCUUAAGUACGGAGUGGUGCAUGUGUGGUUUUAUCUGCGAUUUUCAGGGUGUUAGAACAAUGUCACUAGCGACCUUAAAACCACCCUGAGAUCUGACUAACCACAAAAUAUAUUACACUCUUUUAUUAAUAGUAUAUCCCAAAGUAUAGUGAAGGAUUUUAAGAACCAAAAGCUGUUUUUUUACCACUGAAUGUUAGGAUAUGAUUUAUGGACUCAAACAUGGAACUUCCAUCGAAAGUAUGGAAUCUGAGCUAGGGCCCAGCGUGGGAUGCUGUCCGCUACUUGACGGUAAAACGGGAGAAGAAAUCACGCACCCUUGCUGAAACAAACGUUUUGUUGAAGCUUUUUACCAUGUUGGAAGACCCACGCACCGAACGAUCUAUCAAUAGAAACCACACUGGAACAAAAAAGCCACGGAAUUUCUUGGCUCCGUUUCCUCCAUGGCUGCCCCAUUUCUACACAACCCACUCCACACCACCGUUGGGCACCGGUGGGGUUGCAAGCAGUUCCUGUGGUACAUCUUACCUCAAUUGGCUCAUUUGUUCUGUUUCCUCUCUCUUCCCACGUAUCGCGAUCGUUUCUGAUUUGUUUGCGCUUUCUUUCCACUUUCCCAUCGCUACUUUGUCCGCUUCGACUGUGACUAUGCGCUGUGUGAAUCUCUCGCGAACGCUGCCUCUCUGCUGCUGCACGGCAUUUAUUGCUCGAGUGGAUCUCUUGACUCAGCAGACCGUCCUAGACUCGUCGGGAGAUGUGUUGCUGGUUGCUCCGAACGCUUCUUUCCACGCCGUCCGAUUAAAGCUCCACAUGUCUUGCCAAUGGUUUUCUAUUCUUCUACUUUUCUUUUGAACUUUCUUCUUGAAGAUUUGUGCGAUCCCUCAGAAACGGUUUUUCCUGCUCACAACUAGGUAAGGCGGAGCACGCCAUCUUUUUCCCCUCUAGUGCUAGUGCAUCCAUGGGAGGGCUGUUUAAAGCUGGAUUCUAUGCUGUAUAGGCUGUAUAUUCUCGUUUCUUGCCUACCCCGUUUCGUUUCAUUUGCUCUCCCUCUGCCGUGACAUGGCUUGGUGACCUGAUUUCGCAGCCGAACGGAAGAAUAUUGCCGGUUUAAUGAUUUCUUGUACAGUCUUCUUGUCUUGAUCAACCCCGAACACCUCUGUCCCGAUUCUGGCCCGAACGGUUCGAACCGGAUGUGCUGUACCUCGUGCGAUCGUGUGGAAUUGGAUGUUCAUUGCUUUUGAGAAGAAGUCAACUGCUACUUUAUUAUGUUAUCAUUUUUCUCAACAAAAUAUGACAUUUGAGUUUUGUGUGCCUCAGAAUAAAGAAUAAAAUAUUGAAGAAAAACAUCAAAACUCUUACUAAACCUACAAUUGAUGUUUCACGUAUAUACAUGUGAAGAGCGAUUUCCAACAAGGCGGAAACUCCUGAAGCUCGGUCAUCUGAAACCGGAACUUGGAAUUUUAUACCAAGGCAUGUUGGCCGGUAAGAAAUAGCAGAACAGCCCGACACUUAGCCUUUUCGCCCAACAAUGCGUCAGCGUCAGUUCGGCUCCGGUUCUUCUCACGUCGGCGAGCAGUGGGCCAUCCACUAGCUGGUGGCCGUACGGAGUCCGAGACCUAGAAAAGAAAGCGUCCCGGAUUCGUGUUCGUUCUGCUUUGCCGUGGAGUAGCGGUAGACGCUCGGCGAAUAAUUGCGGCUGACCGUGCCCACCACAAACGGGGUGAGGGGGUAAAUGCCCGGGCAGGGAGGACCAGAGAGUUUGGUACGAGAAACGGGUCUGGCCUGGCCUGGCCUGGCGCUGCACUUAACGGGUGUACGAAGCACACUACGGUUCUUCUCAGAGCGUCCAGUGUCUACAGAAACGCGCACGCGGUAGGUUCUUUUCGUCGUCUUUCUUUUGAAACUUUCUUCGAUCGAGCGAGACGGUACUGAGCAAGCUUUGGCAAAGUGUUCAAGGGAAAAAAACGCAAAGAGAGAUAGCAAUAUUGCGUUGUCUGUGUGUGUGAGGGAAGGAGAGGGCUUUCAAAGGCAAUAGUAAACAAAAGAGAGGGCACACGGAUGAGCUACUCACCCUUAACUCUGCACUUGCGUAAACUAGCAUGAUAAAGGUAUGCAGUAUGCUGAGAGAGUGAUCAAGCCGUUCAUAAGGGUUGAAAAGAAAUUUUCCCCGAGCCCACCCCACAGUACAGAGCGAGCAAGACAGGGAAAAGAGAGCUCAUCAAGUUCAACAGCGCCGAGAACUGCUGGAAGGAAAGCUCGCGCUGACAGCCGAACGGAGUAAGUGGCACUCUCCGAGCGAAAGAAAGCUCUAUGGAGCGUGCGCAAAUAAGAGUGCGUAAGGGAGUGACUGGGACGGAACGGUGAGGGUAUCUCUCGUUUGCGCCCAUUUUCGCGAGGCGCACCAUCGCCGAGAUAGCGCGAAAGAGAGCAGACAUAGCAGCGCUUGGGUUUUGGUACGGAGGUGGUGGAGGUCUUCGGUCUUCGGAGUAUCCUAACCGUCUCCAGCGCGCCGAGAAAAGAAGGCUUUGCCAGGCUGCGGUAGCAGAAUCACUGAUCAGAUCAGAUCGUACCGGUGGCGCGAGCGAUCCAAAAGGCGCAGUGAAACAGUCCGCAGACCAUCUUCGGAGUAAACGGCAACGUGCUUGCCGGGAGUGUGCGUGGUGUUUGGUUCUUUAUUUCUUGUGUACCAACUUUGGAACAAAAUACAUAAAUAUAUUCGGUGCAGAGAAUUGGUGCCAGGUGUGUACGCGUGUGUGCCUUUGUGUGAGUGAGCUUUUAUGGCUGAAUGUAGGAGUGCGAAUGGCUUACUCAUCCUGCAAGGAUAGUGUAGAUUCCGCCGGGUCAGAUGUACUCGGGACUGAGCAGGGGCGUUCAUUCCGCUAAUUGUUGUGUGCCCAUUUGUAUUCCAUUUUAUAGGAGUCUACGUGCAAUAAAAGUGAGAUAAGAAACAAUAGGAAUAUCGUUGAAGGAAGAGGUUUAUCCAUUAAAACGAUCGUGAUCGUAGUAAUCACCAAGAGAAGGAUUAAAAAGUGCAUACAAUUAAUGAGAAAAUAUGUGUCGGGCCCUGUACAGUUUCAGUGCUCCCGUAGCGAUGUUACCACUUGGACUGUCGUCUCCUAGAGGACAAUAGACUGAGUUGGUUGAUCUGCAAGUGUCAAGUUUACUGAUCAAGGAUCUAUCCAGUAAUCUAUGCGUGAGUGAAGUGCAACGGAUUCAAGUUAACUGCUCGCCUAAAGAGCUAAGGAGAGAAUAUAUUACACUAGGACGUGUCUGGGGCUAUAACAUCAGUGUAAGCAGUGAGAAGUGACAGUUUAAACGUGUAGUGAAAAAAAAAGUUUUGUGUCUGUCCACGCGAUAGAAGGGAGUUAGUGAGUACGAGGAUAAAGAAGAAACGACAGUGUUUUGCAGCCUCGAUCGUUUACGACACAAGUGCGUAUGUGUGUUGGUGGGGCAUUCGGAAGAUGUCGCAACAGUUGAACACAGCCAGUCACGGUAAUACUAUGCUCGGUAGUAUUGCGAACAGUAUCGGAACGAACAAUAGUAUCGCCUGCAGUAUGGGCAACAACAUCCCGAACAAUCUGACCACUUGUGCUAGCAUCCCGAACAGUAUGAUCGCCACCAUGUCCAGUCCGGCCGGUAAUGCGUCCAACGGUCCGAGCAGCAACGGCAGCAGCAACGGUGGAACCGGUGCCAAUGGUAGCAGCAAUGGGCCCUCGUCAACUCCGGCCACCCCAACUAACAACUGCCAGUCGAUCCGUUACUGCUGGGAAGCUGAUAAGGUUAAAACUUUGAUCCGUCUGCGUGCUGAACUGUCGCCUCUAUUUACUGGCAAACGCAAUGCAUCAAAAUAUGCUUGGGCUGUGGUCGAACGAGAACUCAGCGUGCCUUUACCGAUUUCGAAAAUUAUCAAAAAAUGGAACAAUCUGCUACAGGAGUACAAGGCGAUCAAAAUGUCCGAAGAACCGAAGCGCCGCGAGUGGCCAUUCUUCAACCUCAUGGAUGUAUACUUCAGCGAUCAGGUGAACGAUCCGACGCUGCGUCUCUUCUCAUCGACUAAGCGGUUCGACUCAGACACACUGGACGAUGCACAGUUCGAUGACGAGAUCAUGAACUCGACGGCUGCGGCCGCCAUCGCCGCCGCUGCAGCAGCCUCGGCUGCCGCCGCCAACGCCGCUAGUCAACACAAGAUCAAGAACGAGCUGAUUGCUAGCCACGGUCACAGUGGUGGCAGCAUGCUUGACAUAUCCGACAUAAUCGGCGAUGAGCACGGCGAAUCGAAGUUCGAUCAGUUCAAGCGGGAAAUCGUGCUCAGUCAAAUCCAGGAGAUUACACGCGCAGGCAGCGGUGGUGGUGGAGGAGGUGGCGGAGGAGGCCGCAAGGAGAAGAACAAUAAUAAUAAGGAUCACCACAACAACAACAAUAACAACAACAAUAAUAAUAACAAUAACAACAGCGCGGGCAACAACAACAAUAAUAAUAGUAGCAACAACAACAGCAACAAUAACAACAAUGCCAGCAACAACAACAGUAGCAGCAACAACAGCAACCACUCCACUUCCAACAGCGGAAGCAAUCCCAACGGAGCGGGCCUCAACGGAACCGGCGUGGGUAGCAAUGCGACGCUCGAGAACAAGCAUAAGCUGAUGGAGUCGCUAAAUCUAAGCCCGGGUGGAAGUCACCUGACGACGAGCGGUGUCAGCUCGCUCAGUACGACCAGCAGCAGCAGCUCGGCACGGGAUGAAGCGAGUAGUCUGAACAGCAGCCCAACGAGCCACAUGAGCAACGGACCAUCGAACGGUCCUUGUGGUCCAGAGAUGCGCAAAAUGUCCAACGGACCGACGGCUGACUUUAGUGCGCUGCUGGCGGCGGCCAACAGCCACACGAACGGUACCCUGCAUAGCAACAGUAGCGCACUCAGCAGCACCGAUCGUGACACGGACUACGAUGACUAUGCCGAGCGUUCCAGUCUGUACGACGGUGGCAAUAAUCAUCUGAAAAGCCUGAACCAGAAGCUACUCCAUCAGAUGAACGAGCAUCACAAUAUCGAUCAGUACCUGUUAUCAUGGCGCGGAUUCCACGGCAACAUGUGCAAAGGCUUCCACAGUCUACAGCGGGACGGGCAGAUGGUGGACGUGACGAUUGCGGCCGGUGGCAAGAUUUUCAAAGCCCACAAGCUCGUCCUGUCCGUGUGCAGUCCGUACUUCCAGAAAAUCUUCCUCGAACACCCAUCGCAGCAUCCGAUUCUGUUUAUGACCGAUGUCAACAGCCAUCAUAUGGCCGGACUGCUCGAUUUCAUGUACAGUGGUCAGGUCAACGUCAAGUACGAGGACUUGCCCAACUUUCUGAAGGUAGCAGAAGCGCUACAGGUUAAGGGGCUGCAUGGCGAGAGCACCAACGACUCUGAGGAGCGAGAUUAUCAGCAGCAGCAGCAUCAACACGCGCUGCGGUUGCAGGAACAGCAGCGACUAUACCACCAGCAACAGCAACAUCAACAGCAGCAACAACAGCUCCAUCAGCAGCAACAACAUCAGCAGCAGCAGCAGCAGAAACUAGCACACCAGCGUCAACAGUUGCUACAGGUUGCCCAACAGCAGGCUCACGCACAAGCCCAGCAGCAGCACCAGCAGCAGCAACAGCAGCAACAGCAGCAGCAGCAACAGCAAGCAGCAGCCGCUGCCGCUCAACAGCAAGCGGCCGCCGUUGCAGCCGCCGUAGCACAUCAGCAGCAACAGUUCCAGCAUCAUCGCAACAACUUCAAGGAGCUGAUGAAAGCGAAGCAUGCGGCUGCUGCUGUCGUGCUCAACGAGGACUAUCUCAACAACAACGCCGUCAAUGCGAACAACAACAACAACAGCAGCAACAACGGAAACCUCAGCAGCAAUGGCAACGCGAACGGACCCCUGUCACCUUACGCCAGCAAGAAGAUGCUCGACACGCAGAAGUACCAGAAGUACUACUCGAAGCGAAAGCUCGUGCAGCAGUACGAGCAGGAGAUGCGAGCCGAGAAGCGUAAGCUGGGCAUCGAGGACGUGAUACAGGCGGCAGCAGCAGCGAACGCACUCAACCUUCGCCUCAACAAUGGCGGCAGUCCGAUCGGAUCUCCGACUGCGGUCGCAGCGGCAGCCGCCGCAGCAGCCGCUGCCUCCGCCUUGAACCCUCCUGGAACACCGACGAACGGUGGCACCAGUACGGACGACGAACAGCAGCAGCAACCACAGCAGCAUGGCCAGCAGACACCGGUGUUGUUGCAGAACAUCAAAUCCGAACCACAGUACGACGACGAGGACGAAGGCAUGGAGGUGGACCAGGACAACAACAACUCGCUGAACGCUGCCAACGCCAACACUGCGCCGCACAAGAACAACAACAACAACAACAACAACGAGGACGAUUACUACGGACAGCAUGACCAGGGCGUGAUAACGACGGGCAAUGGCAAAACGAUCAAACAUUCCAUUCUCGAGCCAAAUAUAGUAUUAAAGCAGAGCGACGAAUGUCUCACGACUAACAAUCAAACGGGUAGCCUGAAUCUGUGCAAGAACGUCAGCUAAUUGGCGUUCCAGGUCGAUCCAAGGAUCCAAGCAGCAUAGCGGGCGGUGGGUUGCGAGGUUGGUAUCGCACGGCCGGCACACCGACAGGAUUACAGGAACAGAGGGCGUAUAGAUGGGAUGCAUGACUGCGAUGAUGCGGUAGACUGUAGAUAGCUAGUAAGAAUGGGGAAAUACGUAACGUGUAAGCUAACUUAUUUAUUGCUGUGUGGUAUGUUUGUGUGCGCAUGUAGCGUAUCCGUGUGACUGUGUAAUGUGUAAUGUAGUGCUGAAGGCUUGCUUCAUCUACGUUAAGCGGGAUGAUGAUAAAGGCUAGGUUGGCUGGUGAAGCUUCGUGGCGCGAUCCUUACCUGUUUAUAGUUAAAUUGAUCGAUCGCGUUGGAAGAUUUAAAGAGAACAAUGUAGCACGAAGGCGUUCCUUCGGUCGAUCGGUCGAGUAAUAUUGUUGGCUAGUAAUGCUAAACCGAACACAGGUCUCAUGAACCGAUUGUAUCGAUGACUCUGGUUGGAUAUUUAGUAUUUUGAGUAGUUAUGUUUGUAUUAUCGUUUUCUUUUAUUAUUUACCUUUUUUGAGUUGUUGUUUCGUUUCUUAGCAAGCCGGCUAACAAAACAGUCCUGGGACUAAGAAAUUCUUGAAGUAGUAACGAAAGACGUAAUUUUUUUUUUUGGUUUCGUUUUGGCUCUUAGACUUUCACGGAUCCCUAGACCCGGAAUGUUGGAUCGAAAUAUUUUCUUCAGUUUUGUGUAAUAUCAUUUAGCGUUGUGGGAACUUAUUGUCUACAUUAUUGUACAUGUAUCGAUCGUUUGCCGGAUGUGGAUUCUAAUAAUUCAGGGGUUUAUUUAUUAUUAUCUUACAUGUGUUUUCUUUUUCGUUUGUUUGUUUUCGUUUUCCAUUCAUGCAUCCGUGUGUGUGUGUGUGUGAGUGUGUUAUAACUGCUAGCGCUAUUGUUGUUGAUUAUUUCUUAAAGAACACAUGCACAAGCAUCGGCAGAUGCGUGAUUGAGGUAGUGCGUGAUGCAAACGAAAGGCAUUGCCACCUCGAACAGUGUGACCUAAUUUAUAUGAUGUUAUCGAAAUAAAACAAGCAACAUUUAAAAAUGUUUACAUAAAUAUACACAAACACAUACAGAACACACACAUAAACUCAUUAUUAGUAAUGUAAGCACUCAAUAUCAUAUAAGCGCAUUAUUUCCGGCAUGCUGGAGUGAGCUUUGUGUCUAGCUGUUAAACUGAUCCGUACGCAUCAAAUUGGUUCCAACCAUACCCCAAUGGAUCAAAAACUCAAACACAACAAAAAUGAAAACAAAAUGCGAGCUCAGGUGUUCUUCAAUUCUUGUUGUUUGCUGUUUUUAUUAAACAAAACAAAAGAGAAAAGAGGGAAAGAAUGAGAACAAAACGUCCAAACGCUCCAAGAAGUAAACGUGUUUGUAUCGGAAUAGUGAGCCUCCAGGAUGGCCGUAUAUUUUGUAGAGAACCAGAGCAACAGAGAUUAAGAUGUACGGCAAGGAUCGUAAGCAGGUCGGUCCUGCGUCGGAUCGGAUCGUUCUGUGCAAUUGUGCAAUCAACAGAAAACUUAGUGUAAAAGAACAUAACGUUCAACCAUCCAACGGCGCGGUUGGGAUUUGAUAGCAAGUAGUCGCAGGAACGAAAGAUGUAAAAACUCAUACACUUAAACGCAAAUCUUUGCAUAUGCAGCUCCUCUCGAUAACACUACGAAGGGAACCGAUUUAGUUACUUGUGUUGUUUUUUUUUUUUUUGUUUCGGUUAAUUCAUCUGCAUCAUUCAUCGCAUUCACUUGUAUAUCCGGGUGUUAGUAUUUAUUUGUUACUUACGUCUGUUCGCGGAGCCCUUGCACAGACAGGGGCCCGCGAACAUCUGUCACCUUUGUUUUUGCAUGUAACGAACUAAACUAUUGCUUCAAAUACACGAUUGUUGUUAUACAUAGUACACAUGA